AAGGAUUUGAACUCUGCAGUAGCGACGUACGCGAGGAGUGCGUUUGAUUGUUGCAGAGCUAAAUGGCGGACAGAGCGGGACAGUUGCCAUCAGAACAAUAACAUCUCAGUAGCUCUGCUUCUUGACGUGACUCGGCUUUAGAUCCGCACCAAAGUCCCUCGCGCAGAGGGGAUUCUGGUGCAUGAGAUUCUGGGAAACAUUUUGACCUACUUUAUAUGUAAUCAAGCGAAUACUUGGUUAGCUUGCUAAGUGGUUUAGAGUUCCCUGUAAGGAAGUUGUCUCUUCAUGGUGGUAAACUAGCCAGCUAGCUAGCUAAGUAUGGGGGACUCUUUAGGUCUCAUCGGGAAGCGACUGCUGCUGCUUCUCAAUGAUGGGGGAUCCACGGGCGGAACUGAAAUGGACCAGGCCUCUUGGCUGCGAGGAACAGUGCGGGCUGUCAGCGUUAUUGGCUUGGCCAGUCCUGGGGUAGAGGUGAGCCCCGGAGAGGGAACAACAACAACAGCAGCAUCGGGGCUGACGGUGUUUGUUGAAUUUCAAGACUGCACCUGGAGACAGAGGUCAUGGGUGAGGGUGUAUGGUGACGAGGUCCGUGCUGUCUUGGUGGAGAGCACCAUUGUGUGGGCGACGCACACUGAUCCCUCUUCUGGAAGUGGUGCCACAAUUGCCUGGCCAGCAUUGGCAUUCCAACCACUCGUAGACCGUGUAGGGUUGGGGUCUCUGGUUCCGGUGGAGUUCUUUGGGAACAGCAAAGCCUUGGAGUUUCUCCCUGAUGGAAAUUCACUGCAAAUGUUUGAGAUUGAGAAAGAUAUCAGGCACUCUACUCUGAAAGAUCAGCCCUCUGUACAGGCAGCCAUAUCCAGCUGGCACAGUGACUGUGAGCUUCAGGAGAUACUGAGAAAAGGAUCCUACACCAUACAAGGGCGCAGGGUUCAGGUAUAUCAGCCUGAGUUCAAUGAAGCCUGGGCAAUCGGGCUUGUCUCUCAACACGACCCUCUCUCACACAUCAUGGAAAUCACCAUGGACCAGGGUGGAGAAACGCAGGUGGUUGAUCCCAGAGUGAUGCACGUGAUGCUUCUUGAGGAAUAUGAGAAUCAGGGUGGGAUUCCGGGCUGGUCGGGGAAGGAGAGCGAUGGUGGAAAAGGUGAACGCCGAAGGAGGACGGCCUCCGAGGACGAAGAGGACGUCACCCUGAAAAGGUUCAAAAGUGCCAGGGAAGGAAGCGCUGAUGGACAGAAUGGGAGCGGCAGUGGAAAGGAUGAGGGCAUGCUUACUCGAGGAGGAGAUGCGUUCGGAAGAAUUGAGGCAAAGGAAGGGGUGGGUGGAGGAGGCGGGGGCGAUGGAGGAGGAGGAGGACUAAACAGCAUCAGCAGCACUUCUGAGGCACCUCUGCAUCAGAAUCAAGAUCUUAAUGACUCCUCCUCACUACAGGAUCAUGCUGACAUACGCCUUCCCGUGAAAGAGAACGGCCGGGCACCGAUGGUCCAGGAGCGCACUGUGUCUUCUGGAAGCUUGACGCCAGCUGCUUCAACCUCUACUCCUACCCCGCCACCCCUCAAGCCAGCACCCUCGCAUUUCUCCAAUACCUUCCCUCCUUUGGGACAAAUGCCCAGUUUGGUGCCUGGCGCCCCUGCCCCCAAGUCUUCUGCCCCUUCUCCAGUUACAGACCGAGAUGAGUCAUACCCCAAAACUGCUGCGCUGGUCUCUCCUGGUCCAGUCACCAUCAACUCUCCAUCACAAACAAACGCACCCAGUGUGGCGCUCUCGCAGCCUUUCGGCCAGAAGCCCUCUGGCUGGACAACGCCAGCUUUAGGAGCAGCUGCAACGGAGAAUUCCAAGACACCUGCCCUUACUCCUUCAGGGUUCCGUGCCCCUCAGUCCAAGCAGCAGCCUAGCUCUGUGUUUGGAGAGCUGGGUGCCCAGACUAAUGGAUCUACCCAAGAGAACCGGCCUUUUGGAUUCUCCUUCGCUGGCCAGCAGGAGCAAAAGCAACCGGACUCGGACCCGUCUCAGAACUUAUUCUUUCAGUGCAUGGCGCAGACCAAGGCUCCGAGCCCCAGUCAGGCCCAGAGUCAGUCGAAGGACACCAAUUACUUCACUGCCAUCUCGGAGAGCUUGAACAAGGAGCCCCCGAGUUUGUUCAAACCCUCUGCUUCCUCAGACGCCUCCAAAAAACCUGUCUUAAGUUCUCCAGCCCAAGGACUUUUUGGGUCAACUCCGCUCAAAGAGCAACCGAAAGCUUCUGAAGCCCAACCAGCUGGCAACGGUGUGGUACCUACAAAGACUUUUGGCACAGGCACAGACAACAUGCCUAAACACACGCCUGCCUUCUCUGGAGGCAUUGGGAGCGCUACGCCCUUUGGCACUGGGAGUCUUCAGAAUAUAGGAGGACUUGGUAACCCGAGUUCCAGUGGACUUGCAAGCAGCAAUAGUGGGAUCAGGAGCGGUAACGGUAAUAACGUAGUUGGCGGAUUGGGCUUGCUCACCGGCAGCAAGUCCUCGGACACUGCCCAUCAGAACCUUUUCCUGCAGUCGUCCGGCGAGUCCACCAAUCCUUUCCUCGCGUGCGGAGGCUUCCCUCACGCCUCCUUCAGUGGGGGGACGACACUCCAACAGCAGCCCCCUGCAGUUUCUGCGUCUACCCCCUCGUCCACCCUCACAGCCCUGCCCCCAGCCACUUCUGGGGUGGUGGCAGCUGGAGAGGAGGGCAAGUCCAACCUUUUCACCAUGGCCGAGCCCCCCAAGGGCAUCCUACCCUCCCCGUUUGGGGCAGCCAAUUCGUCCUCCGCUUCGGUCCCCGCCAACACCUUCACCCAAAUGCCUAAAUGUACAACGAACGCACAACAGGUGGCUAAACCCGCCAAGGAAGGCGCAGAGGCAGGUUCUGGGAUGCUUGGUGGCUCAAGCGAAGGGAUGUUCGGCAGCGACAAAUCGAAGACCACAUCUAGCUUCCCUCCGUUUGGGGCUGCUAGGGCUAACGACGCAACGGCGUUGCCUUUCGAGCAGUCGGCACAGCAGAAGUUCACUCUGGAGGAACGGGGUCAGUCCUCCAAGCGCGACUCGGACUCGAGCACCAACAGCGACCUGUCGGACCUGAGCGAGACGGAGGAGGCUCCUGGCCAGACCCCAAAGCAGGGUCCUCAGGGUCCCACGGAUGAGAGUGCUCUGCUAAUGCAGAAGAACAAGAGCCAAGUGGCGGUCAAGGGCAGGCCUCGCAACAAGCCUUUCAAAGUGGGCCAGUCGGUGCUGAAGGACAUGACGAAGCUGCGUCGCCUGAAACAGUCGGGCGAGGCCUUCCUGCAGGACGGCUCCUGCAUCAAUGUCGCCCCCCACCUGCACAAGUGCCGCGAGUGCCGCCUGGAGCGCUACAGGAAGUCCCGGGAGCAGGAGUCGGACGAUGACGAUCCGAACGUGGCCUGCCGUUUCUUUCACUUCCGCAGGCUAGCCUUCACAAAGAAAGGCGUCUUGCGAGUGGAGGGCUUCCUCAGCCCUCAGCACAGUGACAACAUGGCCAUGGGUCUGUGGCUGCCAUCAGCAGCAGUGAAAGAGGGCCUGGACCUGGACACCUCCAAGUACAUCCUGGCCAAUGUCGGAGACCAGUUCUGCCAGCUGGUCAUGUCGGAGAAGGAAGCAAUGAUGAUGGUGGAGCCGCAUCAGAAAGUGGCGUGGAAGAGAGCAGUGCGAGGAGUGAGAGAGAUGUGUGACGUGUGCGAGACGACCCUCUUCAACAUCCACUGGGUAUGCCGCAAAUGUGGCUUCGGUGUUUGCCUUGACUGUUACCGAAUGCGGAAGAAUCGCCCACCUGAAGAAGACGUUGACAGCCCUGAAGAUGAGGUGUUUGCGUGGUUAAAGUGUGCAAAGGGGCAGCCCCACGAACCACAGAACCUCAUGCCCACACAGAUCAUCCCAGGCACAGCUUUGUACAACAUUGGGGACAUGGUCCACUCAGCGCGAGGGAAGUGGGGAAUUAAAGCGAACUGCCCCUGCACCAAUCGGCACACUAAGCCUUUAGUACGUCCCAGUGCCCCAAAUGGUCUUUCACAGACUGGUUCAACGCCCGCUACAGGUAACGGGACGGCCACCACACCUCGACCAGAGGGUGGAGAAUCAACGGCGUCAACGCCAACGCCGGCAUCCAUCAAAAUAGAGCCCGGUACAGAGGGUGGGGGCACGGAAGGCGCAGGGGACCCCAGCAGUAGCAACAGCAACAGCACCGCCCUGACGACCGGGACCAAGGAGACCGCUCCCGGCAACCCCUCGUCCGCACUCCACUGGUUGGCCGACCUCGCCACACAGAAGGCCAAAGAAGAGACGAAAGAUUCCAGCUCGCUGCGCUCGAUGAUGGGGCGUGACUCACGGCCGCCCUUCGGCCUGGACUGCUUCAACACCCUGUCCAAGCCCUCGGGCUCCAACCCCAAGCUCUUCAACAGCCUGCUGCUUGGCUCCAGUCCCACCCAGCCCAAGGCGGAGGGCUCCAGCCUCCGAGACCUGCUCAACUCCGGCCCUGGCAAGCUCUCACAGGGCACGGGCGAUGGCGGGGUGCCCUUCCCCUCCGUCUUCUCCACCUCCUCCACGAGUGAUAAAAAUAAGGGUGGCCUUCCCAACAUUCUGGACCACAUCAUCGCCUCGGUGGUGGAGACCAAGAAGACCGAGGGCCGGCGGGUGGCCGGAGGGCCGUCCGAGGCCAGUGAGACUCCCGUGGUGCCGCGGAGGGAGGGGGUGAUGGGCCUGAGCGUGCUGGACCCCCACACCUCCCACACGUGGCUGUGUGAUGGACGCCUGCUCUGCCUGCAGGACCCCAGCAACGGCAACAACUGGAAGAUCUUCCGCGAGUGCUGGAAACAAGGCCAGCCGGUGCUGGUGUCCGGGAUCCACAAGAGGCUGAAGGGUGGCCUGUGGCGCCCAGAGGCGUUCAGCGAGGAGUUUGGCGACCAGGAUGUCGACCUGGUCAACUGCCGGAACUGCGCCAUCAUCUCCGAUGUCAAGGUCCGGGAAUUCUGGGAUGGCUUCCAAGUGAUCUCCAAGCGAUUGAAAGGGGUAGACGGGCAGCCCAUGGUGCUGAAAUUGAAAGAUUGGCCCCCGGGGGAGGACUUCAGGGACAUGAUGCCCACAAGGUUUGAUGACCUGAUGGACAACCUUCCCCUCCCAGAGUACACAAAGAGAGACGGGAGACUCAAUCUGGCUUCACGGCUUCCCAAUUUCUUUGUGCGGCCUGAUUUGGGGCCCAAGAUGUACAAUGCCUAUGGUCUGAUCUCGUCGGAGGACAGAAAGGUGGGCACCACCAAUCUGCAUCUCGAUGUGUCUGAUGCAGUAAACGUGAUGGUGUACGUGGGCAUCCCUGAAGAUGAGGGGAAUCAUGAGAAAGAAGCAGACCUGGCUGGACGCAAAGAGGUAAUGACCACAAUUGAGGAGGGUGAUGUGGACGAGAUGACCAAGAGGCGAGUGUACGAGGCCAAGGAGAAGCCUGGCGCCCUCUGGCACAUCUACGCCGCUAAGGAUGCGGAGAAGAUUCGCGAGCUCCUACGAAAGGUGGGAGAGGAGCAAGGCCAGGAGAAUCCUCCAGACCAUGACCCUAUCCACGACCAGAGCUGGUACCUGGAUCAGAACCUACGCCGCAGGCUCUAUGAAGAGUAUGGGGUCCAAGGCUGGGCCAUUGUUCAAUUCUUAGGAGACGCUGUCUUCAUCCCAGCUGGGGCGCCACAUCAGGUGCACAAUCUGUACAGUUGUAUAAAGGUGGCGGAGGACUUUGUGUCGCCGGAGCAUGUGAAACACUGCUUCAGGCUAACGCAGGAGUUCCGCCACUUGUCCACCACACACACCAACCACGAGGACAAGCUACAGGUGAAGAACAUCAUCUACCAUGCUGUGAAGGAUGCUGUGGGAACACUGAAAGCCCAUGAACCCAAGCUGGCGCGGUCAUAGUGCCCCGGUGGGACCUGACCACUGCACUCUUUCUAAGCUCCACGUACACCACAUGCAAACGAGGCACAAGGACUUUAGGAAGGGAGGGUGUGGCUGAAAUGAGGGGGUUCGGCGAGUUUCUGAAAGUGCUUUGGAAUGCUCUCCCGGAGAAAAGUGAAGCCCUUUUGGAACCUUUUUGAGCUCCAUGCUCGGAUGAAGGACUGUCUUCAUCAGUGUUACAUAGAAAAUUCUUCUGUUCAUAUUUAAGUUUUUUGAUUUUUUUUAUUUUAUUAUUAUUUGUUUUUGAAAAUGUAUUGUGAAGGGGGAAAUAGAUCUGCUCUGAUGUGCCUCCGUGGACAUCUGUUUGUCUGUAGCCUUUUACAUAAUGUGAGCACUGGGCUAGUCCAUUUUUGUUUUUGUACGCGCUUAUUGAUCAAGCUGUUUGUUUUCUUAACUAGAGGAGACCUUCGCCUUUAGCAUCAGCAGGAUGUUAUAGAGAGGGAGACCACACCCCUCCAAACCUUUUUGUUUUCCAGAGUCGUUCAACUUAAGCAUUGAAGGGAAAUAGACCAAAGUUUUGUAUUUUUAGUUUUUCAGUUUCAACUCAAACCGAGAACCACAAGUUCUUAAGUCCUUUUUAUACACAUAGUACAAAUCAAAGGUGAUUUCUAUGACUCAAUGUGAGUAUGUCUGAGACUGGCUUUGAGAAAUGUGUCCAUACAUGUUAUCACUCCUUUAGGGUUAUGAAAUGAGUGGAUUGCUGGCAAAAUUUAAAACAAGUUCAAGAAUUAAAAAUAAUUCCAGAUGAUGGAGAACUACUACUGGUCAUUAAUAUGUAUCAAUAUAUAUAUUGAUCUUAGCAGUGUGUAUCAUUUUUUUCAAAAUAAAGUUUACGAAGAAACUG